AUGUCGUCAAAAGCUUCACCCGUCACUCACAAGCAGCCUAGAAUAUUGGCUUGUGUGCUGUGCCAGCAUCGCAAGAUCAAAUGCGACAGGAACUCACCAUGUUCCAACUGCAUCAAGGCCAAUGUCACCUGCACUCCUAGUACGCCAGCGCCAGCUCGUAAACGCCGCCGCCCGAACCAAGAUCUUCAGGAACGACUUGCUCGAUGUGAGGAACUACUCAAGCAGUAUGCCAACGGCUCCGUGCCGAUACCUGGCCCUCCUCUUCCUCCCCCUCCAACGCCCGCUCAACGCCCGCUGCCACCAUUUCCAGCAACCCCCUCCAAUUCAAUCGCGCCAUCCUCAGAGGCACCUGUCGCUACACCGGCCAGCAUCGACUCAACCGUGUCGCGGAAGCCAAGUACUCUCAUAGUCAGAGAAGAUGGCAAUGUCCGAUUUAUGGAUAGUUACAUCUGGACCAGUGUAUAUGAGGAGCUCCAAAAAAUGCGAGAAAUCGUAGAGACCGAUGACCCAGAAGACUCCAGCCUUCUCGGCUCAGAUGAGCUCACCCCUGACAAUGUUGCGGAUCUGGUUCUUUCGGCCGACAUGUUUAACUCGAGUACUGAAGACCUGCAACCUGAUCCCAUCCACAUCUUCCGGCUCUGGCAGCUAUAUCUCGACCGCGUCAACCCUCUUUUCAAAGUCAUCCACGUACCGACCACGCAACCCUUUGUGAUGGAAGCGGCUAGCAAUAUGAGUAACCUACCGCUACACUACCAGGCCCUUAUGUUCUCCAUCUUUGCCAUGGCCAGUGUGUCCAUGACUUCUGCGGAGUGCAUACAGACAAUUGGCAUCUCUCGCGAGGCCGCCAUUCAAAGGUUCAACACUGGCACCAAAUCGGCUUUGAUCAGGUAUAGUUUUCUCAAAAACCACAAUAUGACUGCGCUGCAAGCUGUGGCUCUUUACUUGCUUUCGUUGGAAGGGCGCUAUGACAGACAUGCCCAAUGGGUUAUCAGCGGAGCCAUUGUGCGAAUAGCGCAAAAAAUGGGUUACCAUCGAGAUGGAUCACAGCUUGACUUGAAUCCCUUCGAAACCGAGAUGCGCAGACGCAUUUGGUGGCACAUCAUGAUGCUCGACGCCAAAUGUGCCAUGAUUUCUGGCCUGAGUUCGACAUGGCUGACCAACAACUGGGACACUAAGAAGCCUCGGAACGUGAAUGAUGCGGACCUAUACCCCGGCUCGACUGAACCCGUUGCAGAACGUGAUGGCCCAACCGAAAUGGCAUUUGUCAUGGUUGUGACAGAAAUGUUUCGCUUUAAACUAGAAGCAGAUGGCUCAAACGAAUCUCGUGCGUUCGAGGCUGCCAUCAUGGGGCAGACGCUCGAUGAAAGCGAUCCAGAAAGCAAUACCAAAGCCAUUUUUGAAAAAUUUCGGACCAAGGCUGCGGAACUGGAAGAGAAGCUGAAGUUUAUUGAGAAGAAUUAUGUCGACGUCAGGGCUGGAAAUGCUCACGCUGCAGCCAUCGCUAUCCGGCCAAUGCUCACAAAUCGAUUAUCAGAGAUGCUCGUUCCCAUGGAGGAGCAAGCAGAGUGGGGAGCUGAGAUAUUCGGCCCCAAGGACAACUUUUUCAAGGUUUUGCUAAUGAUGAUGGAACACAAGACAGAAGCACAUGAGCAAAUGGUCGCUGCUGGCUUUCAGUGGUUCAUGCGCCAACACUUUCAGCUUGACGUGUUUGCAGUUUUCACAGGGCUACUCCACGAUCGCCCUAUAGGAAGACUUUCUGAUCGCGCCUGGGCCGUCAUGGACAAAAUAUAUCUCGACCACCCUGACUUUACAGAUAUGACGAUUAAGCAACAUGUCGCGCAAGCCCAAUUUGUGCUCAAAGCCUGGCGGGCUCGAGAGACCGCUUAUGCCCAAACCGGCCAGCGGAUUGAUGUUCCCGAUUUCAUAAGCCGACUCCGGGACGUGGUACCUUUCAACGAAUCCAAAUCGUCAGGUCAGGGAUCCGUCACAUCCCCUGCGAUAGCCACACCUCAGCAGCAGCCCAUGGCGGGAUUCAACCAGUUCCUAGGUGGCUAUCUCGAUGUUUCCACCGUAAACUGGGAAAUGUUUGGGGAAUUUUUACCAAGUAGCGGAGAACAGCUCUCUACUGCUAUGUUUGAGGGAUACCCCAUGGACAACCUUAAUAUGGGCAAUCUGGGCUAG